AUGGGUUUCUUUGCGAAGAGGGCCACCCUCAACGAUGCUGCGGGCAGUGCCGACGCCAUUGUCGAGGCUCCGGAACAUGACUUCGAGAAGCAACAAAUUGCGCACGACGAGGAAUCACACACAGCGCUUCCGCAGAUCCCGACGACGACGGUCACCAUUGACCCCGCGGUUGAGGCCCGUUUGCUGAGGAAAUUGGACUUGAGGGUUCCCACUCUUCUGGGGUUUUUGUAUCUUCUCUCACUCCUGGAUCGGAGCAACAUUGGAAAUGCCAAAAUUGCAGGAAUGGAAGACGAUCUGCAUCUUACCGGGAACCGCUAUACAUGGCUCCUGACAAUCUUCUACAUCUCCUACACCCUAUUCGAGUUCCUGGCCUUGAUGUGGAAGGUCAUGCCACCUCACCGAUGGGCAGCCAUCACGGUUCUGACCUGGGGAAUUGUUGCGACUUGCCAGGCUGCGACUCAGAGUUGGGGUGGGAUGAUGGCCUUGCGGUUCCUGCUCGGCAUGUCGGAGGCAGCCUUUGGCCCCGGAUCUCCAUACCUGCUAUCCUUCUUCUAUCGUCGCCAGGAACUUGGUCUGCGUUGCGGCAUGUUCUUGUCAGCUGCUCCGCUGGCGAACUCGUUUGCCGGCGCUCUCGCCUACGGGAUCACAUCCGGUCAUGCAAAGAUAGCCAAUUGGCGGUUGUUGUUCCUUGUGGAAGGGAGUCCGUCUCUGUUGGCCGCCUUUCUGGCUUGGUUUUAUCUGCCUGACCACCCUGCGUCUGCUCGGUUCUUGACGGAAGAAGAGAAAGAGGUAGCGCGCGCCCGGUCGCUCCGUCGGACUGGGGAAAGCGAGCGGGUUACCGGUAUCAACUGGAAGGAACUGUGGGAGACUUUGUUGGAUGCGAAGGCGUGGAUCACUGCGUUGAUGUACUUUAGUUGCAACGUGAGUUUCUCGUCGCUGCCCGUCUUCCUGCCGACAAUCCUGGAAGACAUGGGGUUCGCCUCGAUCAACGCGCAAGGGCUCACGGCGCCACCCUACUUCGCUUCCUUCCUGGUCACGAUUGCUACAACAUGGCUUGCCGAUCGGAUUCAGCAGCGAGGCUUGGUUAUCGCGAUUUCUUCAAUGGUCGGCGCUAUUGGAUAUGUCCUGCUUGCGACCUGCACCUCCGUCGGGAUUCGUUACUUUGGCGUAUUCCUGGCCGCGAUGGGGGUGUUUCCUUCGAUCGCGAAUAUUCUUCCUUGGGUUCUGAAUAACCAAGGCUCCGACAGCCGACGCGGCAUGGGAAUAGUCCUUCUUAAUGUCAUCGGCCAGUGUGGUCCCUUCCUGGGAACGAACAUCUUUCCAUCGAGCGACGGGCCUCGGUACAUCCGGGGACAGUCCAUCUGCGCGGCCUUUAUGUUCUUCACCGUGAUCCUGGCAUUGUGUUUGCGAAGGCUACUUGCUUGGGAGAACCGUCGUCUCGACAAGAGGUAUGGCGCCGUCAGGACCGCCCCAGGGACUACCAAGGAGGUCACUUUUGGAGAAGAAAACUACGGGGCAGGAUUUCGAUAUGUGCUCAACGGCAUCCGCUUCUCCAUAACAGACCUCACCCCCCCCACCACCCGCACCCUGCCCAUAAUCUACCAAACGCGCGCCGCCCUCUCCCUCUACGACGCCCAAUUCCCGCCCACAAACCCAGGCACCCGCUCGCCCAUCCCCUCCCACAUAACCGGACAAGUGCUCACCCACCUGACCCACUUCCAGCACACCUGCGCGGACUUCCACGUGCCGACGUCCAACAUCCACGUCCUCGCCACGGAAGCCACCCGCACCGCGCCGAAUUCCGCUGACUUCCGCGCGAGCAUCAAAUCCGCGACGGGGUGGGACGUGACUCUGCUCUCGAAGGAGGACGAGGGGCGGAUCGGCGCGCUGGGGAUCGCGAGUAGCGCUGCGGAAGUCGCGGGGUUGGCGAUGGAUUUGGGAGGCGGGAGUACGCAGAUUACUUGGGUCAUGGAGCAGGGUGGGGAGGUGAGGACGAGUGAGCGUGGGGCGUUUAGUUUUCCGUAUGGCGCGGCGGCGGUGUUGAGGCGUAUGGGGGAGGGGGAGGGGGCUGUGAGUGGGAGGGCGAUGAGGGAGGAGAUGCGGGCGAGUUUUGAACACGCGGUUCGACAGCUCGGCGUGCCGGGGGAGUUGAGGGAGCUGGCGAGGAAGAGAGGUCGGUUUGAUUUGUAUCUCUGUGGUGGGGGGUUUCGCGGGUGGGGGUAUGUGUUGAUGAAGAGGUCGAGGAGGGUCAGGCCGUAUCCGAUUCCUGUUAUUAAUGGGUUUAGGGUGGUGAGGGAGGAGUUUCACGGGGUUGGGGAUGUGGUUGCUGCUGUGCAGGGGGAUGAGGAGGAGGGGGAGGGGAUAUUUGGGGUGUCGAAGAGACGGGCGUCGCAGAUUCCGGCUGUUGCGGUGCUGGUCGAGGUCAUUAUGGAGGCCUUGCCGGAGGUUACCCAUAUUCAGUUCUGUCAGGGGGGUGUCCGUGAGGGGUUCCUGUUUGAGAAGUUGAGUGCUGAGGUGCGCGCGCAGGAUCCGCUGCUGGCGGCGACGAUGGUGUAUGCGCCCGCGGAGGGGGAGGGCCAGGGGAUCGGGGCGUUGUUGCGGGGGGCGUUGCCAGAGACUGCGUCGCCGAUUGGGGGGGUGAGUCUGCCGGGGGCGUUUACGGCGAAUUUCAUCGCCGCGGUUGCGAAUCUGAUGUAUGUCCAUUCGCGAGUGCCGCGGGAGUCACGCUCCGCGGCCGCGCUGCACUGCACGACGACGGGGAUUCUGGCGUCGACGAACUGCGUGUCGCAUGUCGAGAGGGCGGUUAUUGCCCUGGUGCUGUGUGAGCGCUGGGCAGGGGACCUGGCUCCCUUGGAUCGUGAGUACCAGCGCCGGUUGAUGCGGUGCGUGUCGCCGCAGGAGGUCUGGUGGAGUCUGUAUCUGGGCCGGGUGGCUGCUAUCGUCGGCGAUGUGUAUCCUGCCGGACGGGUGGACGAGACGCAGUGGAGGGUGAGGUUCGAGACGCAGUGGGAGGAUGUGGUCAAGAAGAAGGGGGCGGCGUGCGAUUUACUACGGCUGAUAGUGAGGCGGAAUGAUGCGGCGCCUGUGCUACGAGAGAGGGUGCAGGAGACGGCGGAGAAGGUCGAGAAGGUCGGGAAGAAGAAGAACUGGAUUCACGACUAUGGUGUGCGGGGGGGUCACGGUGGUGUAGGGGUGGGGUUGGGAGAUGUGGGAAGAUGGUGGGCUGGUUUGAGGCAUGUUGGAUUGUAUAAGGCGAUGCCAUCGAACCGAGAAGCCGGGCUUGUAUAUUGA